UAAAAAUAUAUAUUAUGUUCAAGAAUAUGGCAUCAGGUGGUUCUGGCCCUCCUAAUCCACCUUCAGGAAAUCCCGAUAAGGGGAAGGGGAAGAAAUCUUAUGUAGUGAAGUUGAUGACACGUUUCAAUAAUGAAAUUGGUUCAACCAGUCAGCCAACUACACCUACCUCUACCUCCACUGCUAGAUCUGUUCCACCUCCAUUAGUUGUUCCUGCCUUCACUCCCACUCCACAUCAAGUUCCUACAUCUACACCCACUCCAUACCAAGUGCCUCCUCAUGGAAUGGCUUCACUCUCUCCCAAUGUUGGUUCUAACCCAUCAACUCCCACAAAUAUUGCACCAUCACCUGGUACAGACGAUGCAAAUCCACAUUCCAGUUCAGCCGCCAAUUAUGUCGAAGAAUGUUUCAAUAGUCGUCCAAUGAUUACACCUGUUGGAGGAGGGUUUUAUCCUACAAAAACUGCAUCGAAGGCAAUCACAGCCACCAUCAAGCAACAGUUUGAUGAGCCAUGGCUAACAUGGGGCUCAAUCCCUAAGUCAACCAGAGAUGUCUUCUUCGAACGUUUUAAGAGAAAGGUUUCAUGGAAGCCUGAAGAUGAGGAAAAGGUAAAAAAGAAUUAUCACACCAAGGCAUCUCAUAGACUCUCUGAGAUGUAUAAAAAAGCUAGAACUAUUGGAAAAAAACCUGAUUGGCUGGGGGACGAUACUUGGAAUGCUCUUUUGGAAAAGUGGAACAUGCCACUUUAUAGACAAAAAGUGUGAAACAACAAAGAAGAAUCAGACAUCUGAAAAGGGUGGUUGUUUGCACAUUGGAGGGUCUAUAAGCGUGCAUGAGCAUGCUAUUCGUUUGUCACAGGAGCUUGGUCGGUCUGUGCAUGUUGAUGAAAUAUUUCAGCAGACACAUAUUCGUCAAUCAACAGGGGAAUUUGUGGACGAAAGGUCUAGGCGGACCCAUGAACAAUUUGUUGCAAAAUUUUCUCAAAUAAGAUCUGAGACUGCAUCUGUUGGUGUCUCAGCAUCUUCUUCUCUAGACCCUACGGAGGAGGAAAGAUUGAGAAACCGAUGUUGGUUAGAGGCUGCUGGUGGAAGAUACAAGGGACGCGUAUAUGGCAUUGGAAAUGUCAGUUCCCAAGAUGACUGUGUCGAUAGUUACAUCCAACAGACACAAGCAUCUUCUUCUGCUCAACAACAAAAUUUAGAAGAAAUUGUUAAUCUGAAAUCGCAGUUACAACAAUAUGGUCAGCAGCUUCAAAAGUUUGAAGGCUUUAUUGGCGUCCUCCUGCCAUUCCUUCCGCCUUCAGCAGUCGCAGCUGCACAAGACUUUUUAAACCUUCAAAAUCCUCAACUUCAAAAUGAAGUACCCAAUGAUGUCCAACCAGAACAGCAACCUCCAGAACAGCAACCACCACACCAGCAACCAACAGAUGAACAACCAGAAGAUGGAAAUGAUUAUAUGCAUUAUUAGGCAUUUUAUAGAACUUAUUUCCAUUAUUGUUGAACUUAUUUAGAAGCACAAUCACAAUCCGUUUAUGAACUUACCUGAUGUUUAUUCUUGCACUUAUAUUGAUG